ACCAGGCUCCAGCUGGAUUGUUACAUUUGCUCUGUUUUAAUUUGUUUGGAUUCAGCCAUUAGUUUUCUGGGGUGGAAAGACAGACACAACAGAACCGUAGCGGAGAGGCUGAGGGGCUUGGAUUUAUGUGUGGAGAGGAAGCAACGGAGACAAUGCUGACAGGGCAGCUAUAUGUUAUGACUAGAAUUGAAUGAAUAAUUUGUAACGGAUAAAUUAUUCUGUACAUUUUGCCUCUUUCUGUUCACAGACUGGUGAAUUUUCUAAUUUUUUCCUCAAAUUUCCUCAAAAAUUUUUCCUCAAAAUUUGAGCUUAAUUUGAAAUUUCAGCUAUAAAUUCCCAGGAGCUUUUGGACUAGUCAAAAUCAAUCAACUGAAUGUUUGUGGGAAGCGAACACAAGAAACACAAACACCUCCAAAGAGAAUUUAAGAAUGAAGUCUGUGGUGGAGAAAGUAAUUGAACCAAGGCCUUUGAAAUCGCUGCAUAAUGACCUAACCACUGGACGACCCACCCUCUCUACUUCAAACAGGCUACUGCCCCUGACAUUAUGUUUUCACAGAAAGGCUGUUUAAGGAGCUGACUCUGUGCGUGACGAUCAGGGUUAUUGAAUCAGGGUUAUUCUCCUAUUUCAACUCCUGGCAGGACUGGUUGGUGAUUCUGAGGAUCCCAGGGGGAUAUUUCAAUCUUGUAGAUUCCUAAAUUCAUUUCAGUGGUUGGAAUAAUGGAUUCCUUAAUGGAUGUGGACAAUGAAAAGGAUGACACCAAAGAUGCACCUCAGUCCCUGGGAAGCUUUCUGAGUCAGGGUUUAAAGCAGAUGUAUCUCGACCAGCAGUUCUGUGAUGCUACACUGGUGGUUGAAGGAAGGAGGUUUCCUUGUCACGGAUUCUUUGUGAAGAAUAUUUCCAUGGAGAACUGCAUUGGGAUUUAUGCACUGGCAUAUGCCCACAACCACAAAGAUCUGCUUCAUGCAGCAAUGCACCACAUCGGCUUGAAUUUUGGGUCCAUCUCUUAGGACUAUGAUUUCAUAUGUCUGGACCUCAGCACUUUGACCAGUAUCAUCUCCUCGGACGACCUUGUAGUGGCCUCUGAACUGGUUGUCUACCAGGCUGUGCAACACUGGGUGAGGUUUAAACCAGCCAAGCGCCUCCCAGUGCUUUCUAUGCUCAUGAGGCACAUAUGCCUUCCUUUCCUGACCCAUGAAGCACUUGCAGAGAUCCAGGCAGACUCAGAACUUUAUGGGGAUGUUCAGAUGUGGUGGAAACAACUGGUUGGGGAAGAAAGGCUGUGGGAGAGUGGGGGACUGAGGCAGGGUACAUAAGAUGAGUGCAUUGUGUGCAUGGAGCUGCACAGGUACAGGAUUCAACAUGUGGAGAAUGACUAUUCAGAGUUUGACAUUGAUUCUGACUUGCUUUCUGGAAUGGAUUGUUUUGAUCCUUAUACAGGAAGGUGGAAAAAGCUGCCAGGUUUGAAAUGCCUGCGACAUCCUGCCAGCACAGCUGUGAAGCACAAGCUUUACCUGUCUGGAGGCAAACAACGAGAUGGCUCUUGUUCAGACACUCUUUAUGAAUACAAUUCUUUUACUGGCCAAUGGAUACAGCUCCCCUCCAUGUCUGUGCCCCGGGAUUCACAUGGCUUACUAGCCGGUAACCUGAAGCUGUAUGCUCUUGCGGGACGACAUGACAGACACGGACUCACUUCUGCUGAGAGCUUUGACUUGGUGCAGAAGGCAUGGACUCCCAUCUCCAACUUGCCAUUUCGGCUGAUAUAUUUUGCUUCCAUAGUGUUGAAGAAUAAGUUGUACCUAAUAGGUGGAGACGCUUUGGCAGUAGUACCUAAGCUAGUUUAUAGCAGCGUUCUGAUCUAUGACAUUACCUUAGAUAUGUGGACUCAGAUGCCUCUGGAUUUUAAGUGCUAUGAAACAGCUGCUAUCUCUAUGAAUAAUGGGAUCUGUGUUAUUGGUGGAUUCUGUGAAGAAAAAGAUAGACAGCUGACUCCAAGAGGCACUACAGAAGUCUCCUUUCUGUCCAGUAGAAAAUGUUUCUUCCUCAACGAAGAUGGCAAAGUGAGUCAGGAAGUUGUUAUUCCAGUAUUACCAGAAACAUUUGCCUUUGCUGGUGUGGUUUGUUGGCAGAGGAGAAUCUACUUGAUGGGUGGUGUAAAUUGUUAUUGAUUAUGCAACAGGAUUUUCUACUGGGAACCAGGUGAUUCCAGCUGAACUGAGUGCCAGGAACAUGUCCCCAGUAUAGAGGGGUUUAUAAAAAUAUUUAAAUGUGUGACACUGAAGAUACCAAAAAAUACACUCUGCCCCUUCUCCAAGAAAUAUCUGUAACCCCUACUACCAUCAGAGUUACAGAUUGCUGCUUUUGAGACACUUGCUAGUGCCUGACCCCUUCACAGUGCAACUAGCAUUGAAAUAUCCCCUCCAGAAGAACUCUCUCUCUGUACCUAAAUAUCAGUUUACUUCACUCAUGCUCACCUGGAAAUCAGUAAUAGUUUUAAGAUUGACUUCAAUGGAAUCAGAAUAUGUUCCACAGGAUUCCGUUGAAUUCAAAUAGGCUGCAUUUGAGAAAAUUCUUGGUUCACACAAGGAGCUGGUUUAAAUUCAGUCUCAGCAUCACUUGGCUUAAAACCAUUUUAACACCGCUAAACAUCAGUUAAAGGGCACAAAUCCUUUUCUCCGCCUUCCUUUUCCUGUCCAUUUCUCUCCUCCUUUUACCCAGCUAUUGAAAUUAAAUUCACUGGAACAAAUUUCUACCUAGGGUAACAUCACUGAAAUCAGGGGUUAAUUUGGCUCAUUGUAUUCAGCUGAAGAAUAGUUUUGUUCCCCAUAUCAGUGUGGCUGUGUUGCAAAAUAUUUGUUUAUGGAGGUUGCUUGGUGAAGCUUGUGAACUGUUGCUCUGAUGGAUCACUGUAAACAGUAAUGGUUUUAAGAUCUUAUUAAAGCCCUUUCCUUGUAAUGGUCACACAUGAGUUUGUCUCUCAC